GAGCCUAUGCAUUGCUCAUUGCUCACCAUCUCAAAUCACUUAUUCUUCUUCCAUCUUCAACAAAACUUACAGCAAAACUAAGGAUGUCUUGCAGCUGUGGAUCAAGCUGCGGCUGCGGCUCAAACUGCAACUGCGGCAAGAUGUACCCUGACUUGGAGGGGAAGAGCAGCGCCACCGUGCAGGCCACCGUGGUCGUCCUCCACGUCGGGCCCACGAAGGUGCAGUUCGAGGAGGCCGCCGAGUCCGGUGAGGCCGGCCACGGCUGCAGCUGCGGUGCCAGCUGCAAGUGCAACCCUUGCAACUGCUAAGAUGCAAGCGGUCGAUGUUUAUGUGGUGAUCGUGUCGUGUGUCAUCGGGUGUGUGAAUAAUGAAACUGGCGCCGGUCGUCUGGUUAAUGUUGUGGUGUGGUUUGCUCUUGGUGUCCCUGUGCUCAUGUAACUUGUGAAACUAUUUCUACUGCUUUGUGUUUGUGCGCGCAAGCCUAUAUGUGUGUGUCUUUGUAAUGGUCCAUCUGAAUUGAAGUGAAUAUACAAAACAGGUUCGAGCAAA